AUGGAACAAGAUAAAGAAGUUUUCUUUACGAUGCAAUUCGACAAUUGGGUAGAUUUCGAAGCAUAUUUUAAAAAUUGGUGCAAUAAUUACUAUCAACCAGUGAAUAUUAAGCGUCAUUCAAUGAAAUAUAAUGAAAAAACCAUGAAAGAAUUGUUUAAUCGUUUUCGAUACGGAAACGUGAAGUACGUAUGCCAUCAUAGUGGUCCUGUUAGAAGACAUCUAAAGGAUGGAUCAAGACCAAAUCAAGAAUCUGCUCGAAUGGAUUGUCCGUUCUAUUUUAAAAUAAAGCAUGAUACGGAACUAAAUAAAAUUGUUUUUUUGAAGAAUCGAAACUUAUUUCAUAAUCAUCCUAUUGAAGAGAUAAUUUACAAAAAAUAUACAUUUAUAAGAAAUAAAGAAUUAGAAGAAAAUGAGCAAGCACAUGAUUUAUGUCAAAUGCUUAUUACUGCUAAUGCUUCAACAUACAAUAAUCGUAAAAUAAUACACGAAAAAUUUGCCAUUAAUUUGACAAGAAAAGAUGUAAACAAUUUUAAGCAAAAAAUAAAAUUCAAUUUAAUUGGAAAUCAAAGUGAUCCAGAAUUGUUGCACACAUGGAUAGAUGAAAUUUUAAAUGAAAAUUCUAGCAAUUCAAUAAAAAUAAAAAUAAAAAUAAAUGAAAAUGGUACUUUAGAAUGUUUAUAUAUUCAGACCGUGCACAUGAAAGAAUGGUUUGAUAAAUAUUCGAAUAUUCUACAUAUUGAUUCAACAUUGAAAAUAAACAUUGAAAAUUAUCAAUUAUUUAUUUGCUUGGUUCAAAAUGCAAAUUUAAAAGGAGUACCGGUUGCUUAUUGCUUAAUGACAACUGGAAAUAAAGAUAAUUUAGAAUUUUUUUAUUCGACAAUGAGUCAACAAAAUGAUUUAACACAAACACAAGUUGUUAUGGUUGACAAAGAUUUAACAAACAUAGAUAUUUUACAAGAAUAUUUUCGUCAAGCACGAAUAUUAUUAUGCAUUUUUCAUGUUCUUAAAUAUCUCAAAAUUCGAAUUCAUGAACUUAAAAUUCCAUUAACAAAUCGAAUGAAUAUUAUGAAAAAUAUUCGCAAAUUACUUUACGAUAAUAAUCAAAUGUCAGCUAUUUAUUUAAAAGAAAUCAAAAAUAACUCUGAAGGAACUGACUUCUAUAAUUAUUUUGAAAUCAACUGGCUUACUUGUUGUGAAAGAUGGCAAACACAGUAUCGUAAAAAUCUGUUUAACUUUAAUACAGAUACAAACAACCAUCUUGAACGGUUUAAUCGUAAAGUUAAAGAUUAUAUAUCACCUAACAUGCAUAUUUCUGAAUGCGUGAAAAAAUUGAUUAUAGUGGUCGAAGAUGCUAAAGCUGAAGAAAUCAAUACAAGCAUUAGUUUGAAAAGACGGAUUUACAAUUCUGAUGAUUCAAAUUUGCUUAAGAGAUUUGGUUUCCAGAUUACAAACAAAGCUAUUGAAUUAUUGCGUAAACAAAAAGAAGAAUUAAAACAUAAAUGUUAUUUUGUUGAAGAAAUUGAAGAAAACAAAUGGACAGUUGGUCAAAAAGAUGAAGAAAAUAAAAAUUUCAUUACUUCAAGUAUAAUUGAUCGCAACUCGUGUCAGGGCUUGUUCACUUGUGAUUGUCAGUUUCAUUUGCAAAACCAAUUACCAUGUCGCCAUAUGAUAGUAUUGCUUGAUAGAAUCAAUGAUGAGAUAUACGAUCACACAAAUGAAAUUCAAGAAAUAAUAUCAAUUAACAAACGUUGGUUAAAAAGUCCUACUGAUUAUUAUUUAAAUGAAAUGGAACAUAAUGACAUAUUACAAAAUCAUGACUCACAAUUAAAAUUAACUGAAAUCUCUGUACAAAAAAAUAAAAUUUUAAGUAGUAAUGAUAAAUACAAUAUGUUGAAACCAACUAUGGAUUUAUUAACAGCUCGAUUAAUUCAAUGUGGAACUAAUGAGUUUAAUGAACAUUUAAAUUUUCUUAAUGUUCUUGUCACUUUAAUCAAUACAAACAAACAUAAAGAUCUGUACAAUUGUGCUAAUCCUUUAACAUCCAAUUGUGCCAAGAAAAAUAGUCAAGAAAUGCAACACAAAAUAUUUACAAAUUUACCUGAUGAUAUGCAAAAAGAAUCAACAGCAAAGUUUCAAUUAAAUUUUAUCGAAGUUGAAAAAGAAAGUAAAAUGGAACUUAAUCCACGAGAAGAGUUAGAACAAGAUCAUGGAAUUAAUUUCUCUGAAGAAAAGAAAAAGCAAUCACCUACAUUUGAAUCAAAUUUAGAACCUGAAGCAAACGAAGUACAAGAUCAUCUGUUAUCAAAGAACAAAAUGAUUUUCAGUUAUUCACCGGUAGCUCAUCCACCCGGUAGGCCACGUGGUAAAACAUCAUUAGUGGCAUAUAAGCAAAAAGACAAGAGAAACAAUGAAGAUAAAACGAAUAAAAAAAGAAGCUAUAAACAACUUUCACCAGAUAUAAAAACAUAUAAUUAUAAACGUAAUAAAAAAGUUGAUUCUGUUCGUGAUGUUUAUGAUAAAACAACAUGGUUAACAGACUUUCAUAUAUAUUUAUUUUUUGAAUUAUUACAUGAACAGUUUCUGAACAUUAACGAAUCAUUUAUUGAAUUUUUUAAAAGCAUCUUACCUGAUGAAGAAAAAGUUAUAGUUUCCUUUGAAAAUGUUCAGCAACAAGUUGGUGGUAAUGAUUGUGGAUUAUUUGCAUUAGCAUUUGCUACAUCUCUUUGUUAUAGUGAUAGUCCACCAUUAUUAUUUUAUCAUCAAAUGUCAUUACGUAAUCAUUACGUAAAAUGUAUUGAAAGUAAUACCAUACAACCAUUUCCUUCAAAGUUCAAGAGAGGAAGCAGUAGAAAAGUAUCUAAAAUUGUUGAUAUUUAUUUAAAUUAA